CUCUACUUGAGUCUUCAAGUCUGACUCUCCUUGUUGACCACCACCUUGACCAUCUUCCUUCUCUCUCCCUCCCUCCCUCAAGCGCUUCCCCAUCCAAGAUCAACUUGGGCACUCGAUACUCCGAACAACCAAUGUCAACUUGAAAACUACAUAAUCAAAUACGAUCUCCAAGAAAAAUCAAGCAUGGAUAUCGAUGGGGCUCCGCUCUGUAGGGUAUGUCGUUCCGAUGACCCGACUCUCGGCCCACUCUUCCAUCCCUGUCGAUGCACCGGAUCAAUCGCACAUGUCCACCAAGAUUGUCUCUCGACCUGGCUCUCUCACUCCAAGAAGUCGUCCUGCGAGCUGUGUGGGCAUCUCUUCAGCUUCGAAAAGGUCUACAAACCCGGCUCACCCGAUCGGCCACCCUUCACUACAAUCACCUGCCAAGCACUCAAGGAAAUCGCCCUCUUCCUCCUACUCCUCUCCCGCGCUAUCCUCGUCGGCCUCUGUUGGCUCGCUAUCGUCCCAUGGACCGUCGUCUGGGUCUCAUCCGCUUACUGGAAGGCUGCUGAUUGGUUUGCAUUCGGUCUAACCUCUAACAUCGAUCAAUUAUCCAGGUCUUCCAACAGCUCAAAAACCUCAACCUCGAUCCUCAGUUCUUCAACAAAUUCUUCUCCCGAUUCCAAGCCAUCAACAGCCUCAUCCUCCCCUACCAAUACUACCCUUCCUUCUUCCUGGAUCACCAACCUCGUCCCAUCAUUAGAGCUCGACCCAAACUCAAUCGCCCUCGACAUCUUUCAAGGUCAACUGAUCACCUGCGCUAUCAUCCUAAGCUUUGUCGUCAUCUUCCUCCUCCGAGAGUGGAUCCUACAAAACACACCCCCGCCUGAUUUGAUUAGACUAGCCGAGGAUGAAGAACUUCCUCAGCAGCCAUUGCAACCACACCCUCCUGCUCCAGAUCAAGCCCGGCGUGCACCUUUAGAACAAGUCGAACAGGCCAUCCAGUCCGAAAACCAAUCAACCGAUCGUGAUGAUCUUAACCAAGACAAAAGCGCUGACCCCAGCAGAAUUAAUGGAUCAUCCGACUCGAAUGAUUCAAUCAAUCUGACCCCUCUACCACCCAGUCAGACUGUGUUUGCCGACAGCAAAUCGAUUGUCCCCACCUUCUCCUCCGAUUCGUCUACGAUUGCGAGCGUCCUCUCUAACACUGAAACCACUUGGACCAAGGCUGGUCUUCUCCCAGAGGAACAACUGCUGCCCACCCCAGGUCUCCUCGAACUGGCCGAUCCAGGUCUCGGUAUGCCUUUCUACAAAGCUCACGACCCGAUCGAUUCCGACAUUUUCUCCCAUCGGAUCUUGGUCACUUCUACCUAUCUCCUCUUUCUGGCCAAUCCAUCCGAUGCUCCUCUUCUUGCCGCACCAUCUAAGUCUCCCCAUUUCGGUGACCCGGAUGAUAGCCAAAAGAGGCUUAUCGGAGCCUGGACGGACCUAGCCGAAAACACCAUCUUACAUCCUUCAAAUCACAUCCCUAGUCCGAUUGUUCAACUGAGGACUCACGUCUCUGACUCGUUUCCCGAAGAUCAUCCCCCGGCCAACCCGAUCAUCUUUCAAGAGAUUGAAUUUAACUGGACACGUGCAUUAUUAAGUGACCCGAAGAUCUGCAAGCACAUACAAUACCUCUUCAAUCCUCGUUGCUACUCCACCCAAACCAUUCAUUCUCAAGAUCAGAUUCGGAUCAACGGCUUGGUGUACAGCUUACUCUCGAUCUAUAACUCGAUCGAAAGCCUCAGUGUGAUUCACGAGAGCAGCAACUCAGAAGAAGAAGACACCGAAUCAAAUGGAUAUCAGCGUAUAUACGACCUCAUGAGAUUAUUUGUGUUGCCUUUAUUGGACGUUCCUAACCCAGGUCUGCGCAGUUUUCGGUUAACCCAAUUGGAAGCCGAUAUUCACGAGAUGAUCUGUAAACAUGAUCCUGUCUUCCUCUCGAAUCUCUCGCCUGAUCAGCCCUCCGUCGGUUCACUCAAGCACUCCCUCGUUACUAUCUUGGUCAAACAAAAAAUUCUAACCACUUUGGUCAACAGUUCUACGUUUCUUAGGUAUAGUCGAGGCAUGGCGUCUGAUGACAAUUUGUUCACUAACUGGCGAUUAAAGUCCACCAGGCCAUUUUCUCAAAGUUUCUUGGACCCGCAGCGAGUAAUCAAUCCCGAGAAUGAUCUUUGCGAAAUCACGAUCCAGUUGAUUAAUUUUAAAGCGACCGUCGAACCUCGUCUGAAAUUAAACAAGCCUGAUGAUGAAGACGUUCCCGAUUGGAUUGAUCAUGCGACCUUGGACCACAAGCUUUUGGUCACUUCAUCUUACCUACUCUUAUCUGAUGAAGUCUGCGAUACUUUCUAUCCAGCCCUUCAUACCCCAGGUUUUCUCAACGCACUAGAAAAUCCAAACAAGGACCAACAACAUAACGAGAUUUUACUAUUGCAGGCAUGGCUCAAACUAGCCACAAACUGUGCUGCAAAGAGCUCAGAACUUUUACUACGUUUCAAGAAUUUCGCACUACAUUCAUCGGUCAUUUCGUUUGAAGAUCGAAUUCACAGUUUUCAACGGUUGGAAACCGAGUGGUUGUCGAAACUACUGAGUGAUCCCUCGAUUGCCCAGUUUUUGGUUCUGAUCCUCACCCAGAACAACGAGAACGAGCGAGCGACAGCCAGCUUGAGCUACCAUACUCCCCAUUUCUUCCUCCUCAAAUUGUUGUAUGUCUACACCGUACUCGAAACUCUGAUUCCGAGAUCAGAAAGUCAACAGGCUGGGAUCAUUUACGAGAAUGCGUCAAAGAUCUUGGAUGAGCAUCUCAAGAGACUACAAGCCGAGUCUUCCGAUCGGAUCCAUCAGGUCUUGGAAAUGAUCAGACAAACUCGAUUCCUCUUGGAUUCUUGUCAACCUGCCAAGUCCCUCUCUGGAUCUACUAAUCCUCCCAACAACGACAUGGAAUUGAGAUCCGAACUGCUGAUUACUCGGAUGAAAAGAGGCAUCAUUGGAAUCCUCGCUCGUCAGAAAGUCUUGAGCUUGAUUGUCACUGAUCGUAGGUUUACUAAGUAUGCGCGUGCCAUGCUUUUUGAACCAAAUUUAUUUUCUCAAGUUACUACCCUUCCGAUCCUUGAACAGCUUGAAGAAGAUGAUCAAAAUAUGCUCGAUUAUGAAAGAAUAGAUAAGGGGAAACAGAAGGCCCCCGAUCAAACUUUGCUCGAUGAUCAAGCUGCAGGUCCCUCUGAGGAAGCAGCAAUAGAUGAGGAAGAUUCACUCAUUAAAUCAGAACACUUGGCCGAAUCGUCUGUUCUUGACCAAUCGCUUGAUCCUUCCUCUCAUAUCGACACCUUCGACUGGUCAGAAGAUGCCGGGAAAUGUUCCAGUCAAGCCUCAAGUACUCACGCAGACGGGAAAGAUAUCAUAUCCGGCAACUUCAUUGAAUCUUCCUUGGCCGAUGAUGCAAACCUCCUCUCGACUCAAUCUGUAUCUCCUGCAGAGGACCUCUUGCCUACUGAGAAUGGGUCGACAUCAAGUGCACCAAAGAUUGGUACUCCAGCCCCGGGAAGACAGCCCGUUACUGAACACCAUGAACCCGAGCCCCAACCGGAUAACAACGAGCGCGUGGCCAACCUGGAUAUCCUAAAUCGAGGUCGAUUACAAGUUGCUGAGCGAGCCGUCGCGGGUAGGUUGCCAGGCUUUGGGCCUCAACGACUUCAACGGGAAGCGGCUCUCGGCCCAGGCUUAGCGGACGGGUUCGUGUUUGACGAAGCCGGUGGUGCCAACGCCGCAGACGAUGAGCUGAUGGCAGAAGAUAUCGACGGGAUUUUAGAGCUCAUCGGGAUGAAAGGUAGUCUGCUCAUGUUGGCCCAAAACGUCGGCUUGAUGACUAUGCUGCUCUCCCUCUCUCUUCUCGCUUUUGUUCAUCUUCCUCAUAUGAUCGGCAAGAUCGCUGUUUUGUCAAAAGCUCAUAGAUUGUUGGCCCCACCCUUGAAAGGAUUGCUGAUCCUCCAACGUUGCGUCCAUCGACUGUUGGACUGCUUAUCUGACUAUGUCAAGCUUCAUUUAUUGCCAAAUUAUCAACCCCCUGCAAAGAUUCAGCAACUUUGGUCCUUCGCAGGGUCACCAGAAAAAUCGUUUGCAGGACUCUCUCAAUGGCUCGAUCGAUGGCCAAUCACAGAACUAGUAAGGUUGAGUAAGACUUUGGUCGAUCAGGGAAGACCCCUUUUCUCGAGCUUCCCCUCGUUGAAUACGGUCUGGCAAAAGAUCCUUGAUCGGGUUGGAGACCGACUGAACGGCAUAGCGUAUGGCUCGAAACCUAUUGAUCGGGCGCUUGCGGUCUUACUUGGUUAUUUCGAACUGGCUUUGAUGAGUUUGUUCUACCUCUCCUCCGGUCUCGAUCAACAACGAGCGCGAUUUGUUAGUGAGACGAUCGUGAAUGGGAUGCAACAACAACUGUUGAUCGGCAAAGUCGGGAUCUUCAUCUUUGUCGAACUGGUCAUCUUCCCAUUCCUCUGUGGACUACUCCUAAACUUUACAACGAUCCCAAUAUUCGCUAAUGCUACGUUCAGUAACCGACUGGAACUCUAUAGCUCGGCGCCAUACUCGGCAACCUUGAUCACCUGGUUGGUCGGGACUUGUUUCAUGUUUAGCUUUGCCAUUCUCGUCAGUACCUGUCGCGAAUCGCUCCGUCCCGGUGUCUGUUGGUGGAUCCGAGACCCAUCGGAUGAUCGGUUUAAUCCCAUCAGGGAAAUCCUCGAACGGUCCGCGUGGAGUCAAAUCAAGAAGAUCUCCGCUUCGGCUAUCAUGUAUGGAACCGUGGUCGUCUUUGGACUCGGCUCGAUCGUCUUCAAUCUUGUCUUCUUUACCGGUACCCUUCCCUUGAGAAUUCACGCUGAUCGACCAAUCUCAAGUUCGGCCUUAGAUCUGGUGAUCUAUCAAACCUUUUUACCUUUCUUCUUGGAAUGCUUCCAACCUCGUACAAGGCUGAAGGAAUGUCUUCAAGCUGUCAGUCGUUAUGUGGCCCGUCAACUUCGACUGACUUGUUAUCUCUACGGCGAGAGACGCAUCGCUGAGGAGACCACGCUCGAGGUCGUUGUUUUUGGAUCUGAUGGCCUUAUCCGACCAGUUGAAAGAAGGGCGCGAUUCUCACCGAUGAGGUUCUUUAAAUCUCACCCCUGUCGAUCAUCAUCAUCAUCAUCAUCAUCUGGGAAGAAGGAAGAUCGAAGUCAGUCGAAGGGGGUGUCGAAAGGCACCCUGAGUCGACGACGUAAGUGGGCGGGGGGCUCGUUUGCCCGGGUGCCGGCGUCGGACGCGGUGAAAGUGGUACCAGGGCGGAAGAUGCAUAUCCCGGUGCAUGUGGAUGGCACGCCAAUCGACCCGGCGGACAUGGCUAUCAUUGAGCAGCAGCAGGCUGAGGCGCGCGAGGAGGGAGGUGCUGCUGGCGCGGAGCAAUACACGAUCGUCUAUCUCCCUCCACAGUUCCAGAUCCGUAUGACUGCCUAUGUUAUCUUCAUGUGGGCUGCGGCAGUCCACCUCGGCUGGCUUGCUAUCGGUAUUCCUCUCCUCCUCGGUCGCUUCCUCCUCGAUCGGUUCUUCAUGCCCGACCAUCAAGAGCCCCAUGAUGUCUAUGCUUAUGCGCUCGGAAUGCUCUGUUGUGCCAUCAUUUUGUCCCUGACCAUCAAGGUAUGGGCUGAAUACUCUAGGCUCUCUCAGUCGAGCGUCGGUGGAGAGACUGGCUGGGGAGCGGUAAAGGCCAACGAAUGGGAGCUUGAAGGGUCUGAGGCCGGCUCAGAAGACGAUGAGUCUGAGGAAGAAGAAGAAGAAGAAGAAGAAGAAGAGGGCGCGGGAGCGGCUCCAGAUAGGGCCGGAAAUGCCGACCGGGCUGGUCGAGUCAGGCCGGUCCGGUCGAUCUGGAGACGGCUCGGAUCACAGCUCUAUAAUGCCGGUCAUAUCCUCGUUCUCGUCUUGGUUGGUGGGGUUGGGCUCCCCAUCCUCGCCGCCAUCGUGGUCGAACUCUACGUGCUCGGCUUAGUCAAGCCUAAACAGCCAGGAUUACCCGCCAUCUUCCUCCUCGAAGCCUGGACUUAUGGGUGUAUCUAUCUCUCGAUCGCCGCAAGACUUUUACGGUUAUUGGCCCCGACUCAUUCGCUCUCCGUAGCUCUCGACCAAAUUGUCGUCCGUUGGAGGGCUGGCGAGGUCGAUAGGGUAGUCCAAGAGAUCAACCUCAACCUGCUCAUCCCCAUAGGAUCUCGUCUACUCCUCUCCAUCCUCCUACCUUUUCUACUCGUCCAACCCAUCGUCCUCUUACUCUUACGUGAACGAGACUCGAUUGGUAAGACGAUGAUAGGCCAUCAAAUUGGAAAGAUCUUAGAUUGGCUCGGCCUUUCUACUUCUUCUUCUUCGACUACUAUUCACUCAUCUUCUUCUACUCAUCAUCUGAAUCAGAGCGGUGUCAAUCCAUCCGAAAUCCUCUCCUAUCUUCUACUUAGACUUAUCUAUCCUCUUAUUCUCUCCUGGUUCUCCCAACUUCUUAUCGCUAAAAAUCUCUUCUUACUCUUCUCUAAUUGGAUUGAAAAAGUUAGGGAUGAUCGGUUCUUGGAAAAUCGUAGACUUAAAAAUUAUGAUCCUCCAGUUGGUUUUCCUAGUUCUUCUGCUGGUCUCCUGAAAGAUGAUACUGGCCAAUCUGGUUCCAAAUAAAACCAAUUUGAUCCACACUUUUUUUCUCAAGCUCUUUUGAUAACCUUUUUCUUUUUUGCCAUUUCUUUCUUUCAAGUUUUCAUCUUUUUUGCAACCUCAUUUGUCAAACCUGAUUUCUUUCUCCUUUUUUCAUUAUAAAC